CUUCCUCAUAGCCAUUUUGAACACAGCAGCGAAAUGGCUGAUGAUAUUUUAGUUGGUUCUAUAGACUUUGGAACAACGUAUUCAGGAUGGGCAGUUAUGUUUUCCCAUGAAUUUGAAUCAGAGCCGACGAAAGGAUAUGUAAAGCAAUGGAAUUCGGGAAGCUCAAUUACAGAGAAAACACCUACGGUGGUACUUAUUAAACCAGGCGGAAAGGAACUGGAAGCCUUUGGUUAUGAUGCUGAAAACCGUUAUAUAGAUCUUAUAACAGAGGGAAAACACAAGGGAUACUACUACUUUUAGAGAUUUAAAAUGAAACUUUAUAAACAAAUUGGGGAUAAAAUCGACAUGAAAAUGACGUUGACGGACGAAAUGGGAAACACACUACCUGCAAUUGAUGUUUUUGCUAUGGCGAUAGAAUACCUUGUUAAUGAUAUGCAUGAUGAAAUCAAAGACAGAAUGUCCGGAGUUAUUGAGAAGUCUGAGGUUCAUUGGCUUAUCACCGUUCCGGCUAUUUGGACAGACUCUGCAAAACAGUUCAUGAGAAAAGCUGGUGAAAAGGCUGGAAUUGAUGAUCGAAAAUUACGAAUCGCCCUUGAACCAGAAGCGGCCUCCAUUUUCUGUCGCCAUUUGUCAGUUGAAAAAAGAAUCGAUACUACUAAUGUCUGCAUUGCUUCCUUCCCAGCUGGAACGAGAUACAUGGUGCUAGAUGCUGGAGGUGGAACAAUAGAUACUACAGUCCAUGAAGUCCAACAUAAUGGUACUGUGAAAGAAAUACAGGCUGCAAGCGGAGGCGGUUGGGGUUGUACUCUUGUAGACCAGGCGUUUGAAGAGCUGAUCAUUGAUUUAGUAGGAAAAAGCGUUUAUCAAGAAUUCAAACAGGAAAGUCCGGAUGACUGGCUAAUCCUUUUGCGCGAUUUUGAAGUGAAGAAAAGAACAAUGAAACCUAAACAGGAGACAAAAGUUGUCAUGAAGAUACCCCAAACUCUUCGUGAGCAGUAUGAAAGUAAAUUCCGACAAAACUUUAAAGAGGCUGUUGAAUCAUCUUCAUAUGCUGAAAAUAUUACAUUUGUGGCUGACAAGAUGAAGUUUGACGCAAUCGUGUUUAAAAAGCUUUUUGAUGUUGCAUUAGCUAAAACAAUACAGCAUACGGAAAACCUCAUUAGAGAUCCAGCCGUCAGAAACAUUAAAGCCAUUUUAAUGGUUGGAGGUUUUUCUGAGUCGCCUAUGCUCCAAGAGAGGGUGAAAUCCUGCUUUCGUGGCAUUGAUGUAAUCAUACCUAAAGAAGCAUCAUCGUCGAUAUUGCGGGGAGCGCUUAUCUUUGGACACAGUCCUACUUCGAUCUCAGAAAGAGUUCUGAGGUAUACUUAUGGUGUAAGUAUAUAUACCCAAUUUAUAGAAGGCAAACAUCAAGAAAUCAAGCGUGUAAUGACUGAUUCGGGACCUAAAUGUAGGGACGUGUUCAGUAAGCAUGUUGAGAGAAAUCAAAAAGUUAAAGUAGGAGAGCCGCAAGUUACAAAAACUUACACAACAGUCCACAGGGAUCAAAAAGCCAUGGCAUUUCCCAUAUUUGCGUCAGAGAUGAAAGAUCCCAAAUAUACUGAUGUAGGUUGCAAACUCAUAGGGGAAAUGAGGAUAGAACUGCCAAACCAUGAUGGAGACUUGUUGCGUGAAGUUGAAGUGAGCCUUACAUUUAGCGGUACAGAAAUUGAGGUGACAGCUCGAGAUGUAAAAACAGGGAAAUUAGAAAAAGGGUCCAUUGAUUUCCACGGGUAAUCAGUGAACAGAAAAAAAACAAUUUAAAGUCAAAGACCUGCUAAAUAAGACAUGCAUAAUUAAAAAUAAUUAAUGAAAUAAAUCAAACUCUGUAAGAAUUUAAUAUUGUGUUGAACUAUUUUGAGAUGACAAAACUAGUUAUAUUAUAUAGUGUGAAUGCUUUAAGACCCGUAAAUAGUGGAAUUAAUAUAACAAUUGUGCAAGAAUGAAUUUCUGAAAACAUGUUUAAUGUUUUUGCUUAAUUAACAAGUAUCCGUGUUUUUUUAAUAAUCAAGAUUAUUAAUUGCAAAUUUAUCCUGAUAUUACACAUUGAUAUUGUAUAAUAAUUAUAACUUGAAAUGCUGCAUGUGCACACUACAAGUGUUUAACAAAUAAAAUGUUUAUGUGCUUGAAGGGACUCCACUGAGUUUUUUUGACAUGAUGGGACUGAAAAUAUUUUUUCCAGAUAAAUGUACCAUUUGAUGAAGGUUUAGACCACUAAUUUUUGUGCAAAAUUUCAAAUCAUUCGCGCACUUCGUUUUACCAGAAUAAUUAUUCAAAUUGUAAGAAAAUGACCCAACAUGAAAAGCGUUUAAAGGCUUUUUACUAAAACGGGGCUAAGAAAGGCACAAAAAUACGGUUUUCAAUUUAUUUCAAAGUAUAUUUCUUAACUAUUUAGUCUAUCUUUGCAUAUAUUUUUGUUUAAAGUGCCCCAGCUCAUUAAUGUAAGGAAUUCAAAUGUUAUGCUUUUAAGCUUUUAAACCUCAGUGGAGUCCCUUUAAUAAAAAGAUUUGUGAAAAUGUGUGUUUAAUGAGUUAAAUGGGCUGUGUUUUAUUACUCUUGUAAUGCCUUGGAAUGAUAUACUCGCAACACGAUAUUUUAAGAAAAUUGACGUAACGUUGUACAAAAUGAGGGAAAUUAUUUUUUUCCAUUCGAUUUGUAAAACAUAAUGUAGCCCCUCUAAAAUUGCCAUGACGUACCUCUGCGUCAAUGUGUUAUGUAAAUAGACUUUAUUUUAAAUGUGUGUUAGUGGCUAUUUGCUGAAUAGCUCAGUAGGUAGAGCGCAGGACUGACAGUCGCGAUGUCGAAGGUUCGAUACCUACUCAUGCCACCAUCUUUUUUAAUUAUUUUUUAUUUAAUCAUUUUAAUGUUUAUAUAAUUUUUCAUGUUCAUUCAUCUUCUUUCAAGAAAGUUCUUUUCAUGUUUAUUCUGGAAUAUUUUUUCUCAAAGUAGUUAAGUAUUCUUGAUUG